CGAGCAUCCAUUACAGCUGUGUACCAGAUCCAUUCUUCACCUGUGUACCAGAUCCAGUCUUCACCUGUGGACCGGAUCCAUUCUUCACCUGUGGACCAGAUCCAUUCUUCACCUGUGGACCGGAUCCAUUCUUCACCUGUGGACCAGAUCCAGUCUUCACCUGUGGCCUAGACUGGUAGGAUGAGUGCAGACCUGAAGGACGUGAUGAGGAGAACGCUGGACGACCUCACAGAGUCCGACUUCAAGAGGUUCAAGCACUACCUGAGGGAUUACUGCCAGCAAGGUGAGUCCAGGAUCGCAUGGGGCCGGCUGGAGAGAGCAGACCAGUACGACACAGUAGACCUGAUAGUGCAGGUAUACCAUUCAGACCCUGGAGACACCAUGCUGUCCGUCCUGCAGAAGAUGAACCAAAACCAGCUGGCCAGGAGCUUUGAGAAAGACUUGGACCCCGAUGGUGCAAACCCCCAUCACUAA